UCGUGUCGGCCCCCGGUCGCUCCGCCAUCUUUGUCGGCUACCCAUUGUUCACUGUGGAGCUAGCGGCGGUGGUAAAUCUGUUCAUACUGCGCAAUAAAAUAACUCGACGGUGUCACAGGCAGCUGCCCGCGACAGUCGUGGAUUUGCUCUCAGGGUUGCGACUUGUUCUCGGCCAGCAAGUGACACAGAAUGGACGAUGACCAGCCCAAAACCCUGUAUGUGGGGAAUCUGUCCAGGGACGUGACAGAGGCCCUCAUCUUGGAGUUGUUUGGCCAAAUUGGACCCUGCAAGAGCUGUAAAAUGAUAGUAGAUACAGCAGGUCAUGAUCCGUACUGCUUUGUGGAGUUCUAUGAGCAUAGACAUGCCACUGCCACAAUUGCAGCCAUGAAUGGUCGGAAAAUUCUGGGUAAGGAGGUCAAGGUCAACUGGGCCACGACGCCAACCAGCCAAAAGAAAGACACAAGCAGUCACUUCCAUGUCUUUGUUGGAGAUCUAAGUCCUGAAAUUACCACAGAUGACAUAAAAGCAGCUUUUGCUCCGUUUGGGAAAAUAUCGGAUUGUCGAGUGGUGAAAGACAUGGCCACAGGUAAAUCUAAAGGCUAUGGCUUUGUCUCCUUCUUCAACAAAUGGGAUGCGGAGAACGCCAUACAGCAGAUGGGAGGACAGUGGUUGGGAGGGAGGCAGAUCAGGACCAACUGGGCCACAAGGAAGCCUGCUCCUAAAACUACAAAUGAAACCACCAGUACCAAGCAGUUAUCCUUUGAUGAGGUGGUCAACCAGUCCAGCCCCAGCAACUGCACCGUCUACUGCGGGGGAGUCACGAUGGGUCUCACGGAGCAAAUUAUGAGACAGACCUUCUCACCUUUCGGCCAAAUAAUGGAAAUCCGCGUUUUCCCAGACAAAGGCUACUCAUUCGUGAGGUUCAACUCCCAUGAAGCAGCAGCUCAUGCCAUUGUUUCUGUCAACGGCACAUCCAUAGAGGGCUAUGUCGUUAAGUGUUACUGGGGCAAGGAAACAACAGACAUGGUUAGCCCCAUACAGCAAGUUCAGAUGCCACAGCAGAACACGGUGAGCUUUGCGGCGGCGCAGCCCUACAGCCAGUGGGGUCAGUGGUACAGCAACACGCAGCAGAUUGGUCAAUACGUGCCCAAUGGAUGGCAGGUGCCGAGCUACGGAGUCUACGGGCAGACCUGGGAUCAGCAGGGCUACAAUCAUUUACACGCCGGCGCCGGAUGGACAGGUGUGGGCGCCGUGAGCAACGGGGGCAUGGUGGAGCCCGCGCAGGGCGUCAACGGGACGGUGCUAACCAACCAGGCCGGCAUGAGCACCGCCGGCUACCACACCCACUGAUCACCGACCGCUGUAGCGCCUCUCCGAGCCUCUUCGUGGCCGCUAUUUAAAAAAAAAAAAAAAAAAAAAAAAGGAUGAUACUCUGCUGGGGAGGAAAAGGAGCGCUUUAGAUGUGCUCUCUCUGUUACCACACACACACAAGUUAUUCUGUUAGUGAGGCCUGGUACGCCAUUUUUUUAACAACUCUGCCGGCCCGUAACGUCACCCACUGCCCAAAAUCUGCAAGUGUAAAGAAAUAAAACGAAACAAAAAAAAACCCAACUCCAGAACACUUUAACAGCCAUCGCUAAUGCACCUUGCAUUCCCCGGGCCCAUUUUAUUGUUUGGCGUAUUUUUGUAAUGCCUGCAGAUAACCGGCCAAAAUGUAAAUUAUACGACCGUGUCAAGAUAUUUCUAGCACAGCCACGUUUUAGUUUAAAAAGCAAAGGAAAUGUUCAGCUAAUGAAUUGUAUAAUAAAACAACAGGUUUUUUUUUUUCUUUUUGGUUUUUGUUUUCAGCCCCUCAGAGCCAAAGAGCAAGGGCAGAAUUUUAUACCAAUGUUUAACAAUCAGACGGGGAGAAGAGGCGACCAACUCAACAGUCCACAGUAGAGAGAAAAAAAAGGAGGGGGGUGUGGUUUUUAUUAUUAUUGUUUUCUGUCUCAAUUUGAAAAACCUCUCCCCGCUCUGGUCGGUCUCCACCUGCUCACUAAAGUGAAACGAGUCCGAAGCGAGUUCUCAGGGUGUUGUCGAGGUCAUUCUGUGAAACGUAGGAAAUCACUGAGUAAGAGGCGGGCAGGUUCGAGGGGGACGGCGGACGCCACAAACACGAGUUUUAAUAAAACAAAUAUUCAACGCUCCUUUUACCUUCGUCUCCCGGGAAACGGACCGAACGGAUCGAGCAUCCAGUAUGUGGAUGAGGUGUGUGUGUGUGUGUGUAUGUGCGUGUGUGUGUGUGUGUCUGUGUGUGUGUGUGUGUGCGCGCUCGCGUGUGUGCAUGAACUUUGAUGCUUUUACACACACAAGACAACGUCCAAUUCUUCUUCUUCUUCUUCUUCUUCCCCUGAAACAGGAAAAAAGGACUACGCCAUCUUUUUCUUUCGCCGUCAUUUUCAAGUGUAAUUUUCUUUCUUUAAAAUGCUGACAUUGUAUAAAGAGCUUUUGCCUUUUUUCUUUUCUUUUUUUGUUUUUUGUUGUUUAAUUUCGGGACUGUCUUUAUAAAGAGAUGUUUUCCGUGACAUGUGAGACCUUUUUAUGUUUGUUUUAUAAAACAUGGAGUUGGCUGUCAA